AUGUCCAGUCAGCAGAAGAGUGCAUCCCUCCAGAACAAGGGUGGCCGGCCCCGCAUUAGGACCCGACCAAUCAACGUGACCCACCUGCACGUGGCGCCUCCGUGACGUCCUCGACCAGCGUCUACCCAGAAGAAAGACUUGUGUCAGCCGUCACCUGAUCUCAUUGGCCAAUCUCCCUCAGUGACGCACUCCAAUCAAACCUCAAUGACUCCUGAGAGCUGCUCCGACGAUGUUGACUCGAACACCGACUCAGACCCCGCCAUUGACGACUCUGAAGCCAGCUCCUCCAAUGGCGGCAAAGAAGCCAUGGAUUGA